GACAGGUGAAGGUGUGGCUACACUCCAGGAGUCUCAGUCGACAGAAAGAAUAAAGUAUGUAUGUUUCUAUCUAAUUCAGAAAUGGCUCUGACCCAAGAGGCGAUUUUAAACACAUUAUUAGAAGGCAGAGGAAAGGUAAAAAACUCAGAGCUGCUCAGCAAGUUUAAAGAGCAUUUAAACUGCGCUGAUCCGGCUGAGAAGAAGCAGAACCGAGAUCUCUUCAAGGCGUGUGUGAACAACAUUGCCUUUGUGAAAGAAUUCCAGGAAACCAAGUAUGUAGUCCUGAGAAAGGUAUACCAUCACCUGCUAAAAGCCUCAAGCGAUGAUAAUGAAGAUCCAGAGGAAGAUGAGAAGGAAGAAAGCAAGAAGUCAGAGACUGAAGUUAUCUCUCCAAUAGAAAGUGCUUUGGGAAGAUGUACGAAUGUGGACUUUACACCUAAAAGGUCUUUAAAUUUCACCGUUCCACUGAAGUCUGAUGACAAACAUAGAGCGGAGAAGACGAACAAACCAUGUGCACUUCCUUUACGAAUCCCUCAAGAUCAGACUCGCAGGAAUCCCUCGGGAACGACGGACUCUGAACGAGAACGACAGUGGAGGAGAACGACCACAGAUGGAGAAGUUAGCGACUCUCCUCAGGUUCGUAGACACUUCAAGACCCCUAAACCAGCGGAUGAGCCGAAGGAGCAGUCGGAGCCGUUCUCGCUGGACCCUGCGGAGCACGAGUGGCUGGUGAAGUCCGCGGCGGGACAGUGGAGUCAUGUGUACGGGCUCCUGCUGAAGGACGCUCAGCUCGCGGAGAAGAAGGACUUCACGUCCGGGUUCACGGCGUUACACUGGGCCGCCAAGAGUGGGAACACCGACAUGGUCCGCAACAUUAUUCAGGUUUCCCGGAGAAAAGGACACGGCGUGGACAUCGACGCUAAGUCUAACGGCGGAUACACCGCGCUACACAUCGCCGCCAUCCACACACACACGGCUCUAAUCGAUGUUCUGGUCCGCGAGUACGGAGCCAACGGGAAUAUACGGGACAACUGUGGGAAGAAGCCCUACCAUUACCUGAGGAAAGACGCUUCGGGAGAAGUGAGGGAGCUCCUGGGAGAGCCGAGGGCCAGCCAGCAGGAGGCGCCGGCGCCCCGAGAGGAGUGCGACCCGCACAAACACCCCAAAAUCAGGCUUUUCCCAACUUAUCCGGUCGGGAUCAAGAAGAAGAGCAAGCCGAGGUUCCAGUUGAUGCCGUUGGGAGAAGACGACCGAGCAGAGCGGGAUGAGCCGGUGUCGCAUAAACAGAGGCUCGCGACAGACGCCUAUCCAUAACUCACUCCAAUCAGCCUUUACAUGGGAAUUCUGUUCAUUUACAUUCUGUUUUCACUGAUUACUAUUUUUUUAAACGAAGCAAAGUCGCAUAAACAGAGACGGCUCUCCAUAACCACGCUCAUAUUCAUGUCAAUAUUGGGAAUUUAUAUGGAAAUCCAGAGGAAUUCUGUUCAUUUAAAUUCUAUUCCUUUAUAUAUAUACACAGUAUAUAUUAUUGCAAGUUAUAAUUCAUUACAAAGGGAAAUUCACUGUAAAAAAUAUUUUCAAGAUUUGUUAUUAUCACAACAUAUUUUCUUUUGUCA